AUGAAUAUACUCUUUAAUAACUUCCCUGUUGGAAAGCAGGGAGAUUACCAGAUUAUUUAUUACUUUUUAUUGAAGGUUUUUUAGAAGAUUUAAAUAGUUACUUAUAUAGAUGAAACCCUUAUUUUUUCAAAAGGGUGUAAGAAUCUAAUAAUUAAUGUUGAGAAAAAAUGA